CUCGUCUCAUCCUCCUCAAAUGGGGGCUGUUGUUUCUCGGAAUGCGUCUUGGUGCCUAAUGGCAGGGUUCGGCACAGGCUUCGACGGGACCAUGGUUGCAUAGGCGAUGGCCUGCCGGCCUGCCUCUGCCUCCAGUUUCGCCUUAAAAGGAGCGCCAACCUGGAGAGUGCGGGGCUUUGCUUCAAGGGUCGAUCGAAGAGCAUCACUACUUCACACAGGAGGGAUGAGAGGAGAGCAAAAGGGAGCUGAGCGUUUCUAAGCAACAACAGCGGCAACAGACGAUGGGCUACAAGAUCCCCGGGGCAGCGAUGGACCGCGUGAGCCUGCUAUGGCGACUGCGGCGUCGCGCCCGCCGCGGCGCUCUUUGUAUGGCGUUCUUCUGCGUCUCCAUGGCGAUGCUCUACGCCUUGUGUGCCGAGAACAGCGUGCCCGUCACCGACGCCAUUUUCGGCGCACGGGCGCGGACCCGGGCCCAGCCUCGCACGCACUCCGUCGUUAAGGUGCUGCGAGGCAGCGCCAAGAUGGCGUACGUGGACCCCAAAAAGCUUCCCGGUGUGGUCCUCGGAAACCCGCACCACCCUAUCCCUGUGCUCUCCUCCCCCAACCGCACACUAGAGCCCCGGACCCCCGAACGAAAGCCCGCCGCAACCCGAGGCUUCCUUGCGGGCAUGCUGCCGCGGCCGCUCCUGCGGGCGCUGGACACCCUCUUCGGGGUCCGCCGGCGAGGCCGGACCAGUGGCGGCGACGCCGAGUUGUUUGAGCCCGACGGCCUUCUUGGAAAGGUGUGGAACGAAAACAUGUCAAGUAGCAUGCUGGGGAGCAGGCUGAAGAAGGUGGUCAGCAACUAUAGGGCGAUGAACAAAUUUGGCGUGGAGCUGCCCAGUCGGGCAGGCGCAAGCGCAGGCGGCAAGCCGGCUUUAAGCGGGCCCGAGCUCUUGUGCCAGAUCCAACAGAAGGUGGAGGCGUCUACGCUGACGGCCGAGCUGCCGCCUUUCUCGUCUCCGGCUUGGACGUCGCAGCUGCCAACGCGGCCGCUAGCCUCCGAAGUGGGGCCAUUCAAGAGCUGCGCCGUGGUGACGUCUGCCGGCUCGCUCCGCAACUCCGGCCUUGGGAAAGAGAUAGAUUCCCACGAUGCCGUGCUACGUUUCAAUAGCGCCCCCACCGCCAGUUACGAGAAGGACGUGGGCUCCAAAACCACCCUCCGCCUCAUGAACUCACAAGUGAUGUCAUCAGACAACAACCACUUCCUGUCCAGCUCGCUGUACAGUACGGGUGUAUUGGUUGCCUGGGACCCCGCUCCUUUUUCUGCUAACCUCACAGAGUGGUUCAACCACACCGACUACCCAAUCUUCAGCCAGUACCUCCGCUAUAGGCGGCUGCACCCCCAGCAGCCUUUCUACAUCCUCCACCCACGCUUCCUCUGGCAGGUGUGGCAGCGAAUACAGGACAACAUGCCAGAACCUAUCCAGAAGAAUCCGCCAUCCUCGGGCAUGCUAGGUACAGUGCUGAUGAUGUCCAUAUGCGAGGUAGUACACGUCUAUGAGUUCCUGCCAUCACAACGAAAGACGGAACUGUGCCACUACUACCAGCGCUUCUACGACGCCGCCUGCACGCUAGGCGCCUACCACCCCCUCAUGUACGAAAAAAAUCUUGUCAAACGCAUGAACCAGGGGCUCGACCGUGACAUCUACACCCGGGGACGUGUCACGCUGCCCGGAUUUAGCAGCCUCGCUUGCAACGCCACGCCUGCAGGUUAAACCAAAUUGGAUAUAGACGCCCACUUCCGUCCAAUCCUUCGCAAUAAACAUGCUUUCUUGGACUCUUUCAGUGCCAUUGGCGGCGAUAGACGUCCAAUCAGAUGGCCCUUAAGAAGUAGAUUAAAACUCUUUCAAUGAGUUUAUCACUCAGACGGUUGACAGCCCCUCCCAGUUCUAAUCAAGGGCGAAGGUCUGCAUAGGGACGGUAGGGAAAAAAACAGUACCAACUUUUCAGGAUGCUCAAAUUGUCCCCACCAACUUUUAAGCAAUCUUACUUGCAUUAUAUAAUGACUUCAGUUAUAUAGGUCAUUUACAUUGUCUUUCCAUAUGUUGUAUGGAUAGAAUUGACCCACCAUUAUUAAGUGAGUUAUUCUCAUUAUGUUCAGACUUACAUGUACCCCUUUUUCUAGCUGAAUGUGCCGGUCCAUUUUUCCCCCCUCAAACGCACGUCUGAUUGGCUGAUGACUAUACCUCCCCUUACUCCCCUUACCAAGACAAACACAACCUCAACAAAAAUACAUGCCGCCUCCUCCACCCCUUUCGAAUUGGAUAUUAGAAGUCCUUUUCAGCCACCACCAGAAGCAGCCACUGUAAGUAAUGUUAAAAGACGUCAACGCUGUGGACGGUGGCGAACAUGCCACUAAUUUUCCUACUGACAGUCCGACCUGCAUCAGAGUUAGCAUAGCAUUAAACUGUGUGAACUUGUUAACCUGCAAAAUUCGAGUACACUGCAAAAACAAACCUCCUUAAAACGACUUAAAUUCCCUUUUUUCGUCGUAAAUCUACUAGAAAUAAAUGAAAUUAUCUACCAGUGCGCCAGGUAAAUUUUACUCAGAUUUCUGUAAAUAAGAAAACUAGCUAGCUGAAAGUAAGAUUGACAGACUUAUUUAUGGUCUAAUUAUAAAUUUGCAGUGUGGUUUCUACUGUUAUCGUUAAUUCAACUAUGAGAAAUGUAGUGAACUCUGCUGGAAACUACAGAACCAGCAAAACGUGAGCAAGAAGCAGGUUAGCGAGAGAGCUCCCAGGACACAGUCUUUGUUUCAUAGGAAAGUGUUGACAGUCAAAAAAAUCAUAUGCUGCUUCUUUUUUUCUUGUAAACCACCUGGUUUAGAAAGAAAGAAGGCUAGACUUUACACUUUUGAAACCAAAUACGUAUAAGUGCAUUCAUUGAAAUGUAUUCUUAUUUUCUACAUUAUUUAUUUCAAAAAAUACUUUUAUUUGCAGCCUAUGCAGGCAUUACUUUCAGAUAAUCAUAAUCGAGAUAAAAUUGAGAUUGAGAAUAUUUUUUUCCAUAGUUGCUCAACCCAUUGAUGCACUUUACAGAUAAAAAUAAGGGAAGAUGACAGAGACAACCAAUCAAAGUAAUGUAUUACUCUUGUGGUGUAGGACAAUGUAGGCUAACAUGUAGUUCCAUGUAUAGGUUAAGUAGUAUCCCCCCCACACACACACACACACACACCCACACAAAAAAAAAAAAACUACUGUAAAUUUCCUUUUUUGGAGCAAGGGGGAAUUUCCCUGUUUUGAAACAUGACUUUCUCCAACGAAAUUCAUUUUCUUUUUUCUUUUUUUUUUUUUUUUGCGUAGAAAACACACCGGCAUAUGUAUGGGAAAAUUUAGCCCUGACCCCCGUUCACCUACCGUAAUUUUCAGACUAUAAGCCGCUACUUAUAGUUCAGUGCGGCUUAUUUGUUGUUUUUUGGGGGUUUAUUAUGUAACACUUUAUUAUAAUUAUUAUUAUUACCUUGGCGGGAGACAGUCAACCUCUGCUGCCGCCUGUUGUCAAUGCUAUCGUUGUCCAACAUGCUUCCUAGCAUGCAUUGCAGCGCUACAGAGGUACGUAAAUAACAGUCAAAAUUCAUGUUCUGUGCUAAGUAUUUCUUCAAUCACUGUUCCAGUUGUUUUAUUAAUUGCUAGUUAUGGUAUAUGGUAACACUUUAUUUGACAGCGGCGUCAUAAGACUGUCAAAAGACCAUCAUAAAUACGACAUGGCCCUAUCAUGGGCGUUACUAAAUGCUUAUGACAUACGUCAUUAAGUGCCAUCCGGCAAAUUAUGUCACUAACUCCAUUUAUGUCCAGCUAGGAUCUUUUACAUCCAUUCAAAAGUGAGAUAAUUUGUCGGAUAACGCUGAAUGAUAUCUGUCAUAAGCAUUCAUUAAUGCUCAUUCAUGCACAUUCUUAUAGGGCUGCUGUCAAAUAAAGUCUUACCA